AAAACCGCACGGCCGGAUGGAGGCGUGCACCGUGGACGAGGCCCUGGACCGGCUCCUGGAGAAGGGAUUUUCGGACGACGCCGCGAACUACCUGGCGAAAACCUUCGUGAAGAAAACCGAGGCGGUAGAGACCGGGCUUUCGCUCUCCGCGGACGACCGGCGCGAGCUUGGUGCCCAGGGGAAAGACUUGAAGCUACUCGACAAGCUCGAGCGAGCCCAUGCGUUCGCGGGGUUCGUUUAUGUUCACGAGUACACAACAUCAACAAAAGGCGAGAAGAGCCCGACCGUGCAGACGCUCACGGUGGAGCAGGCCCGGGACCGGUUUCUGGACGCCGGCUUCUCCAAGAAGGUUGCCGGUCUGCUCGCGAAGAAACUGGUGGCGAAAGCGGCCAAAAAGGGGCUAAAUCUCGUGCUUUCGGCAGCCGAGCGGGAGGCCCUCGGUGCGGAGGGGCGCGACCUCGACAUUCUCGCGGACAUGGAGCGAACGCAGGGGUGGGCGGGCAUCGCGUACAAGCAAGGGCAGAGGGGCCCGCCGGCGGUGGAGGUGUGCACGGAGGAGGAGAUGCGUACCCGCCUGGUGCAGGCCGGAUUCACCGAGAAGACCGCGGGCGUGUUGGCCGUUAAACUGGCGGAGAAGGC